AUGAUAAACUCCUCACGUGUUUCACAUUUCGUCCUCACUGCAUACGUCCACACUGCACAUUUCAAACACAUGUUUGCUGUGCUGGUGUUGUUUGUGUAUGUUGUGAUCCUUUGUGCCAACGUGCUGCUGAUUGUAGUUAUCUGUAUGAACAGAAGUCUCCAUGAACCUAUGUACGUGUUCCUGUGCAGCCUGUUUGUAAAUGAACUGUAUGGCAGCACAGGGUUGUUUCCUCUCCUCCUGCUCCAGAUUCUCUCAGACGUUCACACGGUUUCUCGUCCUCUCUGUUUCCUGCAGAUCUUCUGUUUGUACACGUAUGCCAGUGUACAGUUCAGUAGUUUGUGCGUCAUGUCGUACGACAGAUAUCUGGCCAUCUGUUGUCCUCUGCAGUACAACACACGUAUGACCUCUAGUAGAGUCGCCCUGCUCAUCGCGUUAUCCUGGUUUUAUCCAUUUGCUUCCAUUUUGGUUUUGGUUUCUCUGAGCUCUUCUCUGCAGCUGUGUGGAAACGUGAUUCACAAAGUUUACUGUGAUAAUUAUUCUGUGGUCAAACUCUCCUGCUCUGACACCUCAGUCAACAAUCUUUAUGGAAUAUUUUAUACUCUCACCACUGUUCUCCUGGUUCUUUUAAUCUUUUACUCGUACAUGAGGAUUAUAAAAGUUUGUGUCUCUGGUUCCAAACAGACGAGACAAAAAGCCGUCAGUACCGUCACACCCCACCUGGUGUCGCUGCUCAACUUCUCCUGUGGCUGUUUCUUUGAAAUUGCACAAAAUCGAUUUGAUAUGAAACAUGUGCCAAAUAUGUUGCGUGUUUUCUUAUCAUUGUACUGGCUCACGUGUCAGCCGCUGUUUAACCCCAUCAUGUACGGACUGAAAAUCACCAAGAUACGCAUCACAUGUAAACAUUUUGUAAUUGGUAAAACGUGA